AUGCACGAGGCGCAAGUUGUAGUGAGUAUCGCGAUAGGUUGCAGCACAAUUGCAAUCAUCGCAUGCUUGCUUGUCAUUCCAUCGAUGUACAGCGCCAUCAAUGAAAUCCACGAUGAAGUGAUGGAUGGUGUCCAGGUUUUUCGUGUUGAAACGGACUCCGCAUGGUCUGAAAUGAUGGAUAUUCAAAUUAGUUUUGCUCCGCCUAGUCGACCUCGUGAAAAUCCUUUCAACAGCAUAUUUCGACGAAAGCGUGAGGAUUUCUCGGGGCUGCCAUCAUACUGCAUAUGCGAACCGCCAAAGCCAAAGUGCCCUCCAGGACCAGCUGGACCUCCAGGUCCUCCUGGCCAGUACGGACAGCCCGGUCUUCCUGGACCACCCGGAGAAGACAACACUGUUACUUAUCCGCCAGUAACAUGCCCUCCGCAGGACACGUCAUGCAUCAAAUGUCCAGCUGGCCCACCUGGACGUCCUGGCCCUGAUGGACCUUCAGGACCUCCUGGUCCAGUUGGGUUGCCAGGGCAGCCGGGACGAAUUGGUCAUCCCGGACCUCCUGGGCCCCCAGGAGCGAUCGGAAAUGCAGGACUACCGGGAGCGCCUGGAAUUGUUGGCCCACCUGGUCCUCCUGGCGAGAAUGGAUCUCGUGGAAGAGGAAAACGAGGACCAAAAGGUGCACCAGGCACACCAGGACCUGCCGGAUAUCCUGGACCUGAUGGACAAAGAGGAAAAGACGGAUUACAAGGGCCACCGGGAUCACCGGGACCUGCUGGCAACCCGGGUCAACCAGGGCCUGAUGGACAUCCAGGUGCUCCUGGCGGACCAGGUCUUCCUGGAAACGAUGCUGCCUACUGCCCUUGCCCGCCACGAUCUGCAGUAUUUCUCAGUCGAUUCUCACAGUAGUG